AUGAUUAUAUAUAGAGUGAUUGAUCUGAUUGUGCGCGAGGACACAUUUAAGCUGUUUACAAGCAGGUCUGGAUCGAGUGUGUUUGAUGCGCUUGAAGAGGCCCCGAGGAUCAAGACUGUGGAGGAUUUUGAGAGCAGGGUCAGGGGGUACUUCAACAGGAUCUUACAGAUAGCAAGCGAGGACUCGCUGUAUUUCAAUGAGGCAUGUAGAAUGCUGAAUUUUGCAGAAAGAGUGUUUAAGGAGCUAAGGGAGAUGAGUGACUUUGUGAUGGAUAGCGGAAUUAAAAACCCGAUGGAUGAUGUGGUUAGGAUGUAUGAAGAGUCAUUGAAGCGGUUUGUGGAAGAUGUGGAUGCACCUGUUGUUAGAGAGCAUGCGAAGUUUAUUAUCUCAUGA